AUGUAUAUGUGUGCGGGUGUCUGUAGAAUAGUUGUCACCAGAAAGUGUUAUGGCAUACAUAAGAAUGCUCCUGCGGCAAUCCACCCCAUCUCUUGGGAGACUAUCACAAAUCAAACGAGAUGGAGCAAGUUUCCUAUAACACGAAACGUUCGAUUUGUAUCCGGUAAACCUUUACCCCAGCGACGAUCGAAAGCUCUAAACUUUCUAUACCGAUCUGCGGCUUUACUUGGAGGUUCAUUAAUACUUUUGGGAGUCGGUGUUAUUGGAUUCUUCGUGUAUGAUGCCACGACAUAUCGCGAAGAUCUCACAUACACGGAUAUCUCCAUUUCGGAGCUCGCAUUAUCCCCGCGGACAGGAGGUCCUAAGAACUUACCUAUUGCUGAAGUUCAAAUCGACGAUGAUGAUACUGAAGAAAUGCAAAAGCAGAAAGAUAAGCCAAAAUUGGUUAUUCUCGGAGGUGGAUGGGGAAGUGUUGCGUUGUUGAAGACUUUGAAUCCCGAUGAUUAUCAUAUCACUCUGGUUUCACCAACAAAUUACUUCCUCUUCACACCUAUGUUACCUUCUGCAACUGUGGGUACAUUGGAGUUUCGUUCUUUAGUAGAACCAAUUCGACGGAUUAUUACAAGAGUUAAAGGUCAUUUCAUAAGAGCUACAGCAGAAGAAAUUGAGUUCUCGGAAAAGUUGGUAGAAUUAGUAGGAAAGAGCCCAACGGGCAAAGAAGUACGAUUCUAUCUACCAUACGAUAAACUGGUCAUAGGAGUUGGAUCAACAACAAAUCCCCACGGUGUGAAAGGGCUGGAAAAUUGUCACUUCUUGAAAGAUAUUGAUGAUGCUCAGAGGAUUCGAAAUUCCAUUUUGACCAAUUUGGAAUAUGCGUGCCUACCAACAACAUCCGAUGAUGAGCGGAAGAGAUUACUUUCUUUCGUCGUUAGCGGGGGUGGUCCUACAGGAGUAGAAUUUGCUGCUGAAUUAUUCGAUCUUCUUAAUGAAGAUCUCACAGCACACUUCCCUCGGAUUCUUAGAAAUGAGAUAUCCGUGCACGUUAUUCAAAGUAGAGGCCAUAUUCUUAACACAUAUGAUGAAGCUGUUUCCAAAUAUGCCGAGGAUCGAUUCGCCCGUGAUCAGGUGGAGAUUCUGACCAAUUCCCGAGUCAAAGAGGUCAGACCCGAUAAGAUUUUAUUCACUCAAAAGGGAGAGAAUGGCGAAUCUAUCAUCAAGGAAUUACCCAUGGGAUUUUGUCUUUGGUCUACGGGCGUUUCGCAGACUAAAUUCUGCCAAACAGUAUCUGCAGCACUUGGCUCCUCACAAACCAAUCGUCAUGCGUUAGAGACUGAUACCCAUCUCCGUCUAAAUGGCACACCUCUCGGGGAUGUCUAUGCAAUUGGUGAUUGCGCAACCGUUCAAAACAAUGUUGCAGAUCACUUGGUAACCUUCCUUCGCACUCUUGCAUGGGAAAAGGGUCAGGACCCAGAGAAAGUUCAACUCACGUUCCGUGACUGGCGAGAUGUUGCACAAAGAGUACGAAAGAGAUUUCCUCAAGCAGCUGAUCACCUCAAACGUGUCGAUAAACUCUUCCAGGAAUUUGAUAAGGAUCAAUCCGGAACUCUCGAUUUUGGCGAAUUGAGAGAACUUCUCAUGCAAAUAGAUAGUAAACUUACAUCCCUCCCUGCUACCGCCCAAAGAGCUCAUCAACAAGGUCAGUACCUUGGACACAAAUUCAACAAAAUGGCAAAAGCAGAACCGGGAAUGAGGGUCAAUGAUAUGAGGGAUGGUGAUUUGGAUGAAGCUAUCUAUAAAGCUUUUGAAUAUCAUCACUUGGGAAGUUUAGCAUAUAUCGGCAAUUCCGCAGUUUUUGAUCUCGGUGGUGGAUGGAGUUUCGCCGGAGGUCUUUGGGCGGUUUAUGCAUGGAGAAGUGUAUAUUUUGCUCAGAGUAUUUGA